UUUAGAUCACGGCUGCACUAACGCCCCCGGGGAAUUUGCCCUUGGCCCACCUGCCGACCUGCACUGCCAUGACUCCUCGAGUGGCAGUUUCUGGUACAGGGACUCCAGCGUCCUGGGGUUUGGGUGAGAAUAGCUGGUAAACAGCAAAUGUCACUUGAGGCCGUGACGGCCCAAGUCCUAGAGCAGGAGCGUCUCUGAAACCCCAGAAUAUUGUGGAGCUUUUCGGUGUUAGCCGCGUAGCUUCCUCGGGAGAGUCCCAGACGCUGGCGAGGAGGCCUGGGGAGUGUGAGUGGAGCUGGGACCCUGUCUCGCAGCCCCAGUGAGGUCACGGAGGUCCUGCGUCUGGCUGCCGCGAACGAGCUAGGGGUGGUCCCCUUGGUGCAGACGUUCGGGCACAUGGAGUUUGUGCUGAAGCAUGAGGCUCUCGCCCACCUCCGAGAAGUGGCGCUUUUCCCCAACACCCUGAACCCGCAGGAGGUGGAGUCGCUGGCACUGGUGGGAGCCAUGGUCGAUCAGGUGCUGGAGCUGCACCCGGGAGCCCGGUGGCUCCACAUCGGCUGCGACGAGGUCUAUUACCUCGGGGAGGGCGAGGCCUCGAGGCAGUGGCUGCAGCAGGAGCAGAACACCACGGCCACGCUGUGUCUGUCCCACAUGAGGGCCGUGGCCAGCCACGUGCGGGCCCGGCACCCAGCCACGAUGCCACUGGUGUGGGACGACAUGCUUCGGGACAUCCCCGAGGACCAGCUAUCAGCUUCCAGGGUGCCGCAGCUGGUGGAGCCAGUGCUCUGGGACUACGGGGCGGAUCUGGAUGUGCAGGGCAAGGGUCAGUACCGAGUCACUGUGGGAGGCCCUGUCACCUGACGCCCAGGGGGACACGGGGCCUCUUUCCUGGCUCAUCAGAGCCUGAGCUGCCUCUGC